CUCCUGCUGUUUGGCUAGCUGUUUAGGUCGUAGCAUUAGCUGAUCAUUAGGUUAAUUUUAUUGUCUUUAAUGUGAACCUUUAUCGGUAGGGGGACAAAGUUAAAUCUAUCAUGUGUUCUGUCGUUGGGUGUGAUUCAGCAUGUAGCAGCGCGCAACGCUUUAAAUUACCAGAAGAGCCCGAGAAGAGAUUGGAGUGGAUGGAGUUUCUGGCUCAGGUUAACGGACAGCGUUUUAAAGAAUCGUCCUGGACUGAUAUAAACAUUUGCAGCAACCACUUCACAUAUGAUUGUUUUGAAAAUUUGUCUCAGCUGAAGUCUACUGCCGUACCGUCUCUUAAUUUUAAGUCAGAGCCCGACGAAGGUGAAACAAAGGUGAACAGCGUGCAGUCCACGUAUGACGUGAAAACCAGAGAAGUUCCUUGCCAAUGUGAUCCACUUCAGACAUGUGAUAUUUCAACUUUGUGUCUUGAAGAAUUGGGAGAAUUUUCACAACCCCCCCGAGCAAGCCACGGUCGUGUGUCGUCUUCAGCUGAUGUUUCAAAUGCUGUCAAGUAUGGAUGUGGACAGACACCUGCGGCGAUUGCUACAAGCAGAGAAAAGGCUUUCUUUCUGCAGGCGUCAAGAACGCAUGUUGUCAACAAAACCUGUCUUCUGAAUUUGCUACCUCGGAAGUGUCCAUCGUGCCGGAGUAAGCUUCAAGUGGAGCUCAUUACCAAUGGGGUUCUGAUCGCCUUGAACCAGCAAUGCACUCAGUGUCAGUACAGGAAUGAGUGGAAAAGCCAGGUGAAGGCCAGAGCCUCAGCAGCUGAAGAUGAGCGCCAGACAGAGGACACAGAUGCAGCACCACAGAACCCACAGAAAAUAUCUUCAGAUGUCACUGACUCCGGUGCGACAGCCGUCUCAGAGAUAAUUACUCUGAGCAGUGAAGAAAGUCAUCACUCAGAUGACGAUCAGGUGGAAUUGAACGAAACUGCCAGCAGUUCAGAGGACGAAUGGAAACCAUCAGAGGAACUUUUGCUGGGAAACGAGCUGAUGGAUGAAGAAUUUGACUCGGAAACAGAAGAUGAAGGCGACGACAUGUCCGACUCGCCACUGGAGCAUAAGCGGCUUUGUGCAGAAUGUGGAACUUUUUACAGUGUUCAGAAGCCUCACACGUGCACUCACAAAGCCAAGCCGUUUGCUUGCAGCAUUUGCGGCAGGAGAUUUGCCAGCGACGGCUCUGGUCUGCACACCAGGAUCCACGAUGAAAGCUACAAACAUCUGUGUAAAUACUGUAAUGUCACUUUCAAAACAAAAGUGGAGAAAAGCACACACGAGCAGACACACAAAGACAACGAUAAGCCUUAUCAGUGCUCCCACUGCUCGGAGACGUUCGCCACCCUACAAGACGCGCACCAUCCACCAGGACAGUCACAGAGGACGCAAGAUGUUAACUGCCCCGUGUGCGGGAUGGAAUUUAUGCGCAGGUGUAUUAAGAGACACUUACUGAUGCACACGGGAGCGAAGCCAUUUCAGUGUUCAGUGUGUCAGCGGGGCUUUCAACCAGCAAGGAACCUCAAGUCCCACAUGCGUCUGCACACAGGAGAGAGGCCGUUCAAGUGUAAAUACUGUGAGAAAUGCUUCAAUCACAACGUCAGCUUAAAGGCUCACGUUCAGCGUUACCACAACACUAGUGCUGCAAAUGAGCAGAACGCCGGUGAGGGCCGCGAGAGCAGCCUGAAGAGUGUCGAAGACAGAAGAUCAGCGAAAAGUAAAGGCAAGAGCACAGGUCGACCCAUAGGAAGACCCAAACGAAGCAACCAGGUGCAAGUGGAAAGCAAAGGUUCAAACACCAAGGCUGCAAGAUUAAAGGUGCAGAGUUUAGAGACAAGAAGUUACAGCGAUGAGGAGGAAGAGGAGCAGCAGACUGACAGUGACUCCGCAGAAGAGGAAGAGCAGCCGAUGAGGAAGAGCACAGGGAGAUCAAGGAAAAGGUCAUACAAUGUCCACAGCGACUCUGAUUUUGACCCAGAUGAAGAAAUAAAGCGAAACAGGACGAAUCAAGGGCGAAGACCAAAAAAUAUCCAGUGAUCUGACAUGAAGACAUCACUGCAUCUGAAGAGGAACUGAACAUAGAAGUGGGUUGUGAUGUUUGCGUCCUCAGAUACUGUGAGUCUUUAAAUAUGACAAAGCAUACACCUGCUCCACCUCGUCAUGUUUAGAAACUGUCUUUUUGUGUUUAAACAUGUUGCAGUGAUUUAAAAGUUUUUUUAAUCCUGAUCAGAUAGUGUUAUUACAUUUGAUAAAUGCAGAAUAAAAUGUAUGCAAAGUGCCUCUGCUCUGUUUGUAAACAAUUUGGUUUUACAAAACUGCGCUCACAACUGAGAGGAGUCACAUCUCCUUUUUAAAUUUAAAAUUUUUUAUUAAUAUUUGGUGGGGAUCCUAAUCAAAGUGUGGAUCUCACCUUUGGGCACUUUUCUUGAAUACUCUGAUAUUGGUCAUGAUUGCUGAUUCCUUUGAUCUCGAUUACAGGA